GCCGUCUUCGUUUCUGUGAUAAAGACAAACAAUUAAUAUAAGUUUUUACAUUUUUCCAUUUCCAUUUAGUUUGUAGAAUAAUCGUAUUGAAUUAAAACUAUUAGACGACUGUUUAGUGAUAAUUUAGAGUGGAUAAAAGUGUAUUGUUAGUGUGAGUUUCAUGUGUGCAAAUUAUUGUUAUAAUGAAGAUUCGAAUAUGUGCCGUGGAUUUGUUGACGCUGCUCGGAGCUGUUAUAGUCGCCUGCCCUUCAAUAACGCUGUGCCAAACGGCGUCUCCUAGCGAAGCCUAUUUAAACGGAUCCGCUUACAUCCGUUACAACGCGCCGCUUCCACUCUGGAGUCAUGCUGCCCUCAGUUUCCGUUCUUGUACAGGUGGCGAAUUAUUCCAACAAACGUCACGAGGCGAAGCCCUGCACUGCACUGUCAACCGUGACAUGCUCUCUUUAACACUGCUGUCAUCUCCCGGUGUCAUCAGGAGAGAGGUGACAGUUCCGGCGAGGCUCCUGGACAACCAAUGGCACACCAUUCAGCUGGUGUAUCGUUUGGGAAAUCUUACGUUGCAUAUAGACGAAAGGACAGUAUUAAUAGCAAAUUAUACUUACAAUGCAGACUUCCUGACAGCAGAACACAUCAACAACGAAGCUGCUAUCUUAAUUUUAGGCCAAAACUUUUCUGGUUGCAUACAAUCCGGUCCAGGUUUUCUUUUUGUUCCUGAAAAUUUGCAAACUGUAUACGAUGUUAUGUUUGGACCUUGUCCGAUACCAUUGAAUAUGAAAUGUGGAGAAUCCACAAAUCAUCAGCCUACACCAAUGGAAGACCAUUGUCUGCAUGAACCCUGUAUGCGACAUGGGAUAUGCUUAUCCAGGCCAAAUGGAUACGAAUGCCAAUGCAGUGACAGAUUUACUGGAAAAAACUGCCAAGUCGACCAAGGCCCACCUUGUUUAAACCAGCCUUGCCAAAACGGUGGCACUUGCGAAGAAACCUCGAGUGGUGACAUACGGUGUACAUGUACAAGAGGAUUCCAAGGACGUCGAUGUGAAAUAGAAAUGACGACACAUCCUCUCUGUGCUGGAAAUCCAUGCCAAAAUAAUGGAACUUGCCAUGUGGCUCCUGGCACGAACAACUAUCAAUGCGAUUGUUCUGAAGGUUUCACCGGCGUCCAUUGCGAAACAGACGUUGACGACUGCCUCUCUCAGCCUUGCAUGCACAACGGCAUCUGCACAGAUCUGACCAGGGGCUAUUCUUGCGACUGCUCCAGAAUCGGCUACAGUGGUAGAAAUUGUGAAGUCAAUAUCGACGAAUGCUCUCAGCACAAUCCUUGCGAACAUAAUGCUCGGUGUUACGACACCCAUGGUUCUUAUGUCUGCGAAUGCUUGCCGGGAUACGGUGGCAAAAACUGUGAACAGAGGUUGGAUCAAUGUCUGAGUUCACCAUGUUACAAUGGUGGAACCUGCGCGGAUCACGGCACUUACACAGAAUGCACAUGUCCUGAUGGUUAUUCGGGAGAACUUUGUGAGAAGCGUCCGUUGUGCAGGACUAACCAUGACUGUCCACUUGAUUCAGAUUGUGUGUCUGGGGAAUGUGUUUGCAAACCAGGAACAGGAGGUACUUCAGGAAUGUGUAUGGCUCUUCUGUCGGUUUGUCCAGGAGGACCAUGUCUGCAUGGCGGUUCUUGCGGAGGUACACCAGAGCAUCCUAUCUGCAUUUGUACAAAUGGCUACGCAGGAGCUCACUGCGAAGUACAAGUGGGACCUACUAUCGAAAACCCUCUAGUUUCCUGUCCUUGCAUAAAUGGUGGCACUUGCGAACAAAAUAUGCACAAUGGUGAAAUCUGUAUUUGUCCACCUGGAUAUUCAGGUUUGUACUGUGAACGUCCCCUCACUUACACCGAACGCACAAUAAGUUUACCAGCUCCAGAUGCUGUAUGUGAGCCCCCAUGUACAGAUUUACAAGUUUGCACCAGAGAUGGACUUUGCAUCUGUCCACCAGAAACAAUUGCCAAUGGUUGUGUGAUAACGCCUUGCCAGACAAUUCCUUGUCAAAACGAAGGAAUUUGUAAGGAACAACCGGUGUAUGGUGCACAGAAUUAUACUUGUGAAUGUACUAGUGGAUGGACAGGCAAGAAUUGCGAGACAGACGUGAACGAAUGCGACACACCAGGAAUUUGCAACAAUGGUAUUUGCCAAAAUCGCAACGGUUCGUUCCAGUGUUACUGCGAACCUGGUUAUACAGGUAAAAGAUGUGACAUGGACUUCAACGAAUGCCUGAGUCUACCUUGUCAUCACGGCACUUGCGUAAAUAAGGUUAACGAUUUUGCUUGUGUCUGCGCUCCUGGUUUCAAAGGUAAACAAUGCGAUGUGGAUAUUGAUGAAUGCGAAUCGUCACCUUGCCAGAAUGGAUCAACUUGCCAAAAUCUUUUGGCUAAAUACGAAUGUGUCUGUUCUCCUGGUACAACUGGACAGAAUUGCGAAAUUGAUAUAAAUGAAUGCGAGAGUACUCCAUGUCUACACGGUGGUAUCUGUGAAGACCAUCGAGCUUCUUUUACAUGCCAUUGCGAAGGCACAGGUUUCAUGGGAUCCUUAUGUGAAAUCAACAUAGACGAGUGCAUGAGCUCACCUUGUUUGAAUGGUGGAAAAUGUGAAGAUGGUAUCAAUAACUAUGAUUGUGUCUGCUAUCCUGGUUAUAGAGGUAAAAAUUGUGAAGAAGAUAUAAACGAAUGUGAAAGCAUGCCUUGCCAGUUUGGUGGUACUUGUUUGGAACGGAGUGACCAGUCGCUUUAUAUUCAUAAUUCUGAAAUUUUACUUCCUGAAGUUUUCAAUGGAGUUUUUACAUACGAAAAUGCAAGCGGUUACGAGUGCAGUUGUAACUAUGGUACAACUGGUAGAAAUUGUGAGAUCAACAUCAAUGAAUGCGAAAGCAGUCCUUGUGGUCUUCACGGAAACUGUAAAGAUUUAAUUGGAAGCUACGUCUGUGAUUGCCAUCCUGGUUUUGAAGGCAUUCAUUGUCAAAUCGAUAUCGACGAAUGUGAAAGAUAUGAACCUUGUCUUCAUGGUCGAUGUUACGACGAACGUGCAACCUACAGGUGCGAAUGUGAACCUUCUUGGGGCGGCGUCAAUUGCACAGUUGCCCUGACUGGUUGCCACGGGGAACCUUGUUUGCACCAGGGAACCUGCUCACCUUACGUUAUCAAUGAGACUGAACACAGGUUCAACUGUACUUGUGUUAAUGGAUACCAAGGCGGUAAUUGCGAAAAGAUUACCACGAUGUCCUACAUGGGCUCCAGUUAUGUAAUCGUCAACACAACACGUGAUGAAGGCUAUGAUAUUCAAUUUAGAUUUAAAACAACUUUACCAAAUGGACUACUGGCAAUUGGAAAUGGAUUGACUUUCUACAUCUUGGAAUUAACCAACGGUCGACUAAAUUUGAGGACAUCCUUGCUGAAUAAAUGGGAGGGAGUCUUUAUUGGAUCUGGACUUAAUAAUAGCCACUGGCAGAAGGUGUUUGUCGCAAUCAACACAUCACAUUUAGUCUUGGCAGCCAAUGAAGAACAAACAAUCUAUCCAAUUUCUUUGAGUGAAGGAACGACCACACUUUACACCAGUUUUCCUGAAACACAUUUAGGUGGAACUGUUAGCCGGUUCAAAAGUCUUGUCCAGGGUUCACAUUCGUUUGUUGGUUGCACUCAAGAUGUCAUCAUCAACGGAGAAUGGGCGUUGCCAGAUAGUUCAGGAGCCCUUACAUCCUUAAUUGAAGUAUCAGAGGGUUGUCCUCGUGAUCCACAAUGUGAACCCAAUCCUUGUUAUUCAGGUGGCCAUUGCACAGAUUUGUGGAGAAACUUUUCAUGUACUUGCGAAAGACCUUACUUGGGACAAAAGUGCCAAUAUAAUUUCACUGCUGCUACCUUUGGAAACGAAAACACAUCUAACAGUUUGGUUGUGGUGAAUGUUAGUGAUACUGCUAGACGAGCUGUGAGAUCAGUAGUGGAUAUAUCUAUGUUUAUCAGGACACGUCAAGAUUCAGGACAGUUAUUUUACCUUGGAAGUCCAAUAUCAGCAGAUGAACCCAUAUCAGCUCCAGAUCACUCCUACAUUUCUGCUCAAUUAAAAGGUGGAGAGUUGCAAGUUAGUAUACAAUUUAAUGGAACUCCUGAAUCCUACACUGUUGGAGGAAAUAAACUGGAUAACGGUUACAACCAUUUGAUAGAGGUUGUUCGUAAUUUAACAUUGGUGCAUGUGAAAUUGAACGGCAGUGAAUACUUCAGAAAGACUAUUUCUUCCACUGGGCAUUUGGAUGCACAGGUAUUAUAUUUAGGUGGAGUGCCUCAGUCAAUUGAAGAAGAAGUGAAAGUCAAACGACAAGCAGCUCCUGAAAUACAAACUGAUUUCAAAGGAAUUAUUCAGGAUGUUCAGAUCCGCAAUGGUUCUCAUACAAUGGUGGUCGAACUAUUUCCCCUGCGUGUUCCUGAUUUGGUGGUACCACCUCCAUUUGGCCAGGUGUCUUUCCAUCCUGAAUCAGUAUUGGCUGGUGUUAUUUCAGACGACUUAUGCAGACAUUCUCCUUGCAAACAUAAUGCUACUUGCGCAAAUACUUGGAACGACUUCCAGUGCGAAUGCACUCGUGGUUACAAAGGCAAACGUUGCGAAGACAUCGAAUUCUGCCAACUCCAAGAUUGUCCAACUGGAUCCAGAUGCCGCAACUUGGAAGAUGGCUACGAAUGUCUUUCCAAUGCCACAUUCUCUGGUCUGGACGCGCCUUUGGUAUUCCGGCCAGGUGCUUUGAAAGAAGGCAAAGAUCCCAUCAUCAAUCAACUCGCAUCAGUAGACAAACUGAUAGACAACAAAGAUCAGUAUUUGGGCGAUGGAACAAAUCUUAGAGAUGCAAAUCUUCAAGAUCUUGCAUCGAAUGGGGUUUCGAGAGAGAUUGAGGAGUAUGGUUCUGGACAGGGACCUGUUGCACCUGAACGAAUGGAGAUUCAUUAUAGGAGCAGAGCUGGUGGCACCUUGAUGCAUAUAAGGAAUGAUGAUAUGUAUUUCGAAGUGGCUGCUCAUAAGGACCAGAUAACAAUACUAUCCCGAGUAAGUCAAGAUGAACCUGAUGUCACAGGACGAUUCAGGAAAGAUGAGCCUGACUUUGAUUGGUCCAGGAUUGUUAUUACAAUACGAGAUGGUGUUUUAGAAUCAGGUUUUGGUGAAUGGGAAAUAGACAGCGCCCCCUUAACCAUGACAAUAAACCAAUCAGCAUUCAACAACCUCUUUGAUAAAAACACAGUAAUCUACCUCGGUGGAAAAGAAGAUGUAAUUUUCGAUGGUCUCUCUUACACCAGCCAAAAUGAAAAAAAUACCCGGCAUGAAAAUUUAGUGCCUUUCAGAGAUAAUAAGACUUAUUACGAAGCCAGCGGUUUGUUGACCCAUGGAAAAAAUGGAGAUUCAUUCCAGAAUGGUGCAAUGUUUAAGGGUUGUCUUGGAGAAGUCAGGAUUGGAGAAACUUUGCUUGCGUUUUAUCCAAUUUUGGAAAUGUAUCCGAAGAACUGGACCUUGACGCAUUAUUAUGAGUUGAUGAGCCCGAAACCAAAGAAUGGAUGUGAGCUGUGCUUUAAGAAUGAUUGCCAAAAUGGAGGAACCUGCAUCGAUCCUCUGGACAACUACAACUGUAAAUGUGCUGCUGGUUUUGAUGGUGAAGAUUGUUCCACAGACAUCAACGAAUGUGAGGAUGCUAAAUGCGAAAAUAAUUCUAGAUGCAUUGACUUAAUUGCUGAAUAUAAAUGUGAAUGUGAUCCUGGUUAUUCAGGAGUCUUCUGCGAGCAAGAAAUAAAUGAAUGUGAGUCCAAUCCUUGCAAAAACGGUGGUACAUGUGAAGAUCUCAUAGCUAGUUAUUCUUGCAAGUGUCCAUCAGACUAUGCAGGACCACAAUGCGAAGCUUUAAGAUUGGUAACAUGUGCAAAUGAACCUUGUCGAAACAGAAGUACAUGCAUUAAUACCAGAAAUAUGGUUACUGGAAAUAACUUUACUUGUGAGUGUGCAAGAGGCUUCCAAGGUCCUUUAUGUGAUACACCGUAUUGUGCAUUGGAACCGUGUAAGAAUGGAGGGUAUUGCAGAGUUAUGCAUGAUCAAGAUCCUAUGUGCGAAUGUCCAGCUGGUUUCAACGGCGAUUAUUGCGAAAAUAACAUUGAUGAAUGUCUCGAACAACCUUGUAUACAUGGCGUAUGCAUUGACAGGGUUGCCGCUUUUGAAUGCGACUGCUCUAAUACAGGUUAUUCUGGUCCCUUAUGUGAACGAGACAUUGAUGAAUGUGCUUUGACAAAAGUUUCUUGUGGUAAAGAUGGUUUCUGUCAUAACACUCCUGGAUCAUACAGGUGUGUUUGUACGGCUCCAUACUGUGGUUCUGGAUGUCGCCUUUUGGAUCCGUGCACAACUGGUGAGAACCCGUGCAGGAAUGGGGGCACCUGCACGCAAACCUGCACGGAUCGACCGUCUUACGAGUGCACGUGCGCCGAGGGAUUUGCUGGUGUUAAUUGCACAGAAGAGGUUAGCCUAGGAGGCCCCAGUGGUGCUGAUAUUGCUAUAAUAGUGGUGCCCACCGUAACAGUACUAUUAGGUUUAGGAGCUGCCUUGUUGGGCACACUGUUAAUUAUGGCCAGGAGUAAAAGGGCCACCAGGGGCACUUAUAGCCCAAGUGCUCAAGAGUACUGCAAUCCCAGGCUGGAAAUGGAUAAUGUACUGAAACCACCUCCUGAGGAACGGUUGUGUGUUUGUACGGCUCCAUACUGUGGUUCUGGAUGUCGCCUUUUGGAUCCGUGCACAACUGGUGAGAACCCGUGCAGGAAUGGGGGCACCUGCACGCAAACCUGCACGGAUCGACCGUCUUACGAGUGCACGUGCGCCGAGGGAUUUGCUGGUGUUAAUUGCACAGAAGAGGGGCCCAGUGGUGCUGAUAUCGCUAUAAUAGUGGUGCCCACCGUAACAGUACUAUUAGGUUUAGGAGCUGCCUUGUUGGGCACACUGUUAAUUAUGGCCAGGAGUAAAAGGGCCACCAGGGGCACUUAUAGCCCAAGUGCUCAAGAGUACUGCAAUCCCAGGCUGGAAAUGGAUAAUGUACUUAAACCACCUCCUGAGGAACGGUUGAUUUGA